UGUGAGGUUUUAGGGUUCCAGAGCGAGCAAGAGAAUGAGGUUAGUGAAGGUCUCUACGUGUAGCUUGAAUCAAUGGGCUAUGGAUUUCGAGGGCAACCUCGGCCGGAUCAACGAGUCCAUCCGCCAGGCGCGAGCUGCUGGAUCGAUGCUCCGCGUCGGCCCCGAGCUGGAAAUCACUGGCUAUGGCUGCGACGAUCACUUCCUGGAGAACGACACCAGCGCUCACGCAUGGGAGUGUCUCGCGGAAAUUUUGUCCUCGGAUUUAACCUAUGGGAUCGUGUGUGAUAUCGGGAUGCCUGUUGUGUCCGAUGGCGUUCGCUACAAUUGCCGGGUUUUUUGCCUCGAUGGAAAGAUCCUUCUCAUUCGUCCCAAGAAGUUCCUGGCCAACGAUGGGAAUUACCGCGAGCUGAGAUGGUUCGCGGCUUGGCAGCAUCACAACUCGGUGAUCGAGUACAAGCUCCCGGAGAUCAUCUGGUCCAAAACUUCGCAGAAGACGGUCACGUUUGGUGAUGCCUACGUUUCGUUCUUGGAUACAGCCGUUGCUGUAGAGACUUGCGAAGAACUCUUCACUCCAUCGUCGCCACACAUUGGCCUGGCACUAAAUGGAGUGGAGAUCAUUGUAAAUGGGAGUGGAAGCCAUCAUCAGCUUAGAAAACUCAACACAAGGAUUGAGUUGAUGCAAGGAGCUACGCAUAAGGCUGGUGGAGUUUAUCUAUACGCUAACCAGCAAGGCUGUGAUGGUGCCCGUCUCUAUUAUGACGGAUGUGCGACCGUUUUCGUGAAUGGCGAUAUGGUGGUCCAGGGCUCUCAGUUUUCAUUAGCCGAUGUGGAAGUCUUGACUGCUUGUGUUGAUUUGGACGCGGUUUCGACUUUCAGAGGAUCUAUUAGCAGUUUAAGAGAACAGGCCAGCCAGCAUAAGUUUAUGCCCUACGUUUCUGUUGAUUUUCGGCUUUCUAGGCCGGACGAUAGCCUUCUUUUAUUUCCUACGCUACCGAUACUGCCUAGAUACUACUUACCGGAGGAGGAGAUAGCUCUUGGUCCUGCUUGCUGGUUGUGGGAUUAUUUGCGACGUUGUGGUGCGACAGGAUAUCUCCUCCCGCUAUCUGGAGGAGCAGAUAGCUCCGCUGUGGCUGCUAUUGUGGGAUCGAUGUGCCAACUUGUAAUAAGAGCUAUUGAAGAAGGUGAUGAGCAAGUUUUAAACGAUGCCAUCAGGAUAGGAAACUACGAGAACGGGAAGGUGCCAAAAAGCGCCGAGGAGUUUGCAAACCGGAUUGUCUUCACGGUUUAUAUGGGAUCUGAGAACAGCUCAGCGCAAACUCUCAAUCGUGCAGCUCAACUCGCCUCGCAAAUUGGAGCUUCUCAUAUGGAUCUCAAAAUCGAUAAAAUAGUAUCAGCGUUGGUGUCGCUGUUUACAAGCUUGACUGGAAAAGUUCCUCGUUACAAGGUGGAUGGAGGUUCUACUGCUGAGAAUCUCGCUCUACAGAAUUUACAAGCUAGAAUCAGGAUGGUGAUUGCCUAUAUGCUUGCAUCACUACUCCCUUGGGUGAAAGGGAAGAGGGGAUUCUUUCUUGUUCUAGGAAGCGCGAACGUAGACGAAGGUCUACGAGGAUAUCUUACAAAAUAUGACUGUAGCUCGGCAGAUUUAAAUCCAAUUGGUGGCAUAAGCAAGCAGGAUUUGCGAUCAUUUCUUCGCUGGUGUGCAAAUAAUCUCCACUAUCCCAUUCUUGCGGAGGUUGUAUCAGCUCCACCGACGGCAGAGCUUGAGCCAAUCAGAGAAAACUAUUCACAGACUGACGAAGAGGACAUGGGGAUGACAUAUGAGGAGCUUUCAAUGUAUGGCCGUCUCCGCAAGAUCUUUCAUUGUGGCCCCGUGUCUAUGUUUAAGAACUUAUGCCACCGAUGGCAUGGCAAGCUUGAUCCGGGCCAGGUAGCCAUAAAAGUCAAAGACUUCUUCCGGUUCUACUCGAUCAAUCGCCACAAAAUGACCACCAUAACUCCUGCGUAUCAUGCUGAGAAUUACUCGCCAGAUGACAACCGAUUCGAUCAGAGGCAAUUCCUCUACAACACUAGGUGGCCCUGGCAAUUCAAGAAAAUCGAUGAGAUCGUGGAGCGCGCUGCGAAGAGGCCAGUAGUGACUGAGGAGCCAACUAAAGCUGAAGAAGCGAGCAAACUGGCAAGUGGGAUGGGAGUUCCCGCGGCUGCCUCUGGCAAUCCUUUGGUUGGAAUGUGAUAGCACGAAAUCACAACCAUACACUACCGUCGGAUUGUAGCAUCUCACGGUCUAGAUUCGUAGUUAGAGAUUACAUUGGUUAGGGGCUAAUGCUCUCCAUUCUUUUAAUGCGUGGUUCUAAGCAUGGCAGCUCUUCCACCUUUUGAUCA